AUGAGCCUUACAGACAUUCUAAGCCCUUCUGAUAUUGCUGCUGCUCUGCGGGACUGCCAAGCUCCAGAUUCCUUUAGUCCCAAAAAAUUCUUUCAGAUCAGUGGGAUGUCUAAAAAGAGUAGCAGCCAGCUCAAGGAGAUCUUCCGGAUUCUCGACAAUGAUCAAAGUGGCUUUAUUGAGGAAGAUGAGCUCAAGUAUUUCCUUCAGCGGUUUGAGUGUGGAGCAAGAGUGUUAACCACCUCAGAAACCAAGACCUUCUUGGCAGCUGCAGAUCAUGAUGGGGAUGGUAAAAUUGGGGCUGAAGAAUUCCAGGAAAUGGUGCAGUCUUAG